AUGGUGCUCAGCCAGCUGAUCGUAAAAGAAAGUGAAAAUGGGGGGAUUGAUGGUUUCGGGCUAUACGGUCUCAAGGAGUUGCACCUAUUCAAAGUCGACUUUACGCUUUUUGAGGUGCUAAUCUUUGCCGCCCUGAUCUCGGCCGUCGACCCUGUUGCUGUAAUCGCAAUUUUUGAAGAGAUUCAUGUGAAUGAGUUCCUUUUCAUCAACGUUUUCGGGGAAGCACUUUUCAAUGAUGGUGUUACUGUGGUGCUCUACCAAAUGUUCAGCACAUUUACGGCGAUAGGACCUACAAAUUUGGACGUUGGAGAUUAUGCAGGAGGUGUUGCCUCAUUUUUCAUCGUCGCUGUCGGUGGAAUUGCUAUCGGAAUCAUCUUUGCCCUACUCACCUCAGUUUUUACAAAGUACACCCACAAUGUAAAAAUCCUGGCGCCACUUUUUGUCUUCAUGCUACCGUACGCUUCGUACUUGUGCGCCGAGAUGGUGUCGUUGUCGCCAAUUUUGGCCAUCUCAUUCUGCGGCAUGUUCAUGAAGCAAUAUGUGAAGGGGAACAUUUCCAAUUCAGCGCAGACCUCCAUCAAAUAUUUCACGAAAAUGCUGGCGCAGAGCAGCGAGACGGUUGUUUUCGUAUUUCUUGGGCUCUCUACCGUAUCCUCGGACCAUUAUUGGGAUCUAUCUUUCAUCGCAGCAACUAUUGGACUUUGCUUGUUGGUCAGAACGAUUGGCGUGAUUGCGCAGUGCUUCAUCCUAAACCGUUUCCGGACGAAGAAAUUCUCGAUGGUCGACCAAUUCAUCCUCUCCUACGGUGGCCUCCGAGGUGCCAUUGCAUUCGGUCUAGCUUCGUCAAUGUCCGGGGAUAUUGGCGCCAAAAGCUGCUUCCUCACCACCACGAUAUGCGUUAUCUACUUCACCGUAUUCCUCCAGGGUAUCACAAUCAAGCCGCUGGUCGAUUGCCUCAGUGUCGAGACCAGAGAUGGGAGAGCAAAGACGAUGAGCGAGCAUGUUUAUGGGAAUUAUAUGGACCAUCUAAUGUCUGGUCUGGAGGUGAUCGCCGGGAUCAAGGGCCAUAACAGUGUUCGAGCCUGGUUCGAUCGGAUCAACAACUUCUACCUGAAGCCGAUUUUAACGCGUGGACAUGUGACUAGCAAUUUCGACGAGGGGAAAAUUAUCCGCGCUUUUACAAAGAUGACAAUUCAGGAAGUGUUGGAGGCUGAAGUUCCUGACUCCACGUCACCGAACAGUACACCAACAACUACCGUAGUACAGUCGACAAUCGAUGAAACUGAAGGAGGAGCUUAUGACAAUCAAGCAUACACCCCUGAACCGCCAAGGAAAAAGAUGUCGAGGCAGACGACGAUGGCUGAGCUUUUGAAAGACCAAAAGAACGUCAAUCUCCUCUGCGACAUGUUCUCCGAGAUGCUCGACAAGAAGCUGUCGAAUGCGGGGAUCAGAGAUCGGAUAAAUUUGGAGGACGAGAUUGCUGAUGACUACAUUCAAGGGGUGGAAAGGCAUGAGAUUACGGGACACCGCCAGGACAAAUCCUUUUCCCGAUCAGACCUGUAUGCAGAUGGUCCCUCCGACUUGGCGUCAACAAGCCAGAAAUCAGACGAUGCACACGCCAGACGGGGGGAAUUCCGGAUGCAUACCCGGAAAAGGGGGACGAUCGGU